AUGCGGUCGUCGCCGGUAACUGCACAGGGAACCGCGCAUGUGGCCUCAUGGUCGCCUGUGAUCCAAACGCGGCGGCUCCUAUCCCCUACACGCUCUCCUCUUCGCCAUGCGAGGAAGCCGAUCCAAUUUGCGCCAUCGUGGCAGCAGAUGGUCCGUUCAUCUGCGGCCUCAGCGGCAUCCCUGCCUAACGGAGCUAUUUGCUUCCCUUUGCAGACAAGCAUUUCGGAAGGCAAGAUGGCCUCGCCCACCAUGUCCACCACGACGACCACGGGUAGCACGGAGGCGAGCACCCCACAGGCCGGAGGAUCGACUUUGCUGGGGAAGGGACCUGCAACGCCCUCCACCAGGUCGAGUCGGGGUUCAAUGGCGCCCCUUAACAUUCCCAUCGCGACAGCAGUGCAAACACAGCCGGGCCCACCGGUGCAGUCCGCCAGAGGUGCCGCCGUGCAAUCGCAGCGGGGGCCUCCGGCACAGUUUAGGUCGCCGGCUUUGAGUUUCCGGGAGAUCAGGCCGCGCAGGUCAGCCUCAAUCGGACCGCUACGCUCGCCACUCACCUGUCCCAAGUCUCCUAUUACCUCACCACGACCGACACCUGCUUUGGUCCUGACAGAGGCUAUGGCGCAUUCGAGGUCAUUGCGAGUAGGUGUUGGCAGCAGAGGGCUGGGCACACCGUCUGUGCACAACUCGGGGCAGCUUGUGCGAAUGGCGAGCACUGCCGAGACUCGAGAAGUAGCAUCGCCCGUAACAGGGGGCAGUGUGCAAAUGUCUGUAGCGACACCCCAGGGACGAUCCACACCAGCCCUGGACGGCAUGGAGGCCGCGCUCCUGCGUCUUGUGCAAGCGGACGCGUCUCUGAAGAAACUCGGCAUUCGGCGGUUGUCCCCGGGACUGUACGUUAUCGAUGGCCGCCGCGUGCGCUUAGCCUGGGGUGCGAAAGCAGAGCUCCUGGCAAGCGAGGAAAAGCUGACGGGCCAGGAUCCCUCCAAUGGUCCUGCAGUGCCCUUGACGAGCUAUCUUCGUCAGGCCGCAGACGUCAAGGCCUCGUUGGAAGCUUCGGCUGUGUCGCGGAUCCCACAGGAGAAGCGCCUGUCCUUCGAUGCCCCAGGGCUCACGGUCCAGGAUCGGGAAAAGGCAGAUUUGCGAACCCGAUGUGCUCUCAUGAAGCAGGCCGUUGAGGAGGCUCGCCUGCGAGCAGAAGCCGCAGAAGCCUACGAGAAAGGGGUGACCUAUGCCAACCCGGGUUCGCCUCCCCGGUCCAUGCCGUUGACCGUCCCGGACGCAGUUGGCAAGUGGUGCAAGAAAGCCGAGCGACCGGCGUCAUGCGUGCGUCUGGCAGAGGACGGUGACAGCAAAGCCCCGGAGAAAGCGAAGCCGAGCCAGGGCGAUGCCAGUCCUGUCGCAGGCCUUAAGCAGCUCGGGAAUGUUGACGAGCUCCGAAAGCAACUGGAGAAGGAACGAAACAAGCUUCGGCUUUGGAUCAUCAAGGCCAAGCAGGAGUGGGAGGAGAAGCAAGAUCAAAAGGGGCACCGUGGCGAAACCAACGACCAAGAGUACUACAUCGCUUCCAUCGGCGAGACGCUGGGUCCCAAUCGGGAUUACCAGGCAGAGGCCAGCAUUGGAAAAGGCGUCUUCUCCAGCGUUUUCCGCUGCAAGCACAUUGGGACGAAGACCGAUGUGGCCCUGAAGUUUGUACGGUCAAACAAAAUGAUGCGCAAGGCAGCAGAGAAGGAGGUGGAGACUUAUCGCAAGUUGGCCAAGGUGGCUGCGAAGGAGGAUCAUGAGGGUGCGCAGUACAUCAUGCUGCUUGCGCCCCCGGAGACCUUCGAGCACCAAGGGCACCUGUGCCUUGUCUUCGAUCUGCUGAAGUGCGAUCUACGCACGGCGCUGACCAAGUACGGACAAGGGAAAGGUCUUCCCCUACAGACGGUCGCGCAGUAUGCCAGGCAACUGUUUCUGGCGCUGCGGUGUCUCCGAAAAGUGAAGCUGAUUCACGGUGACUUGAAACCCGACAACGUGCUCAUAACUCUGAGCAAGACGGAGAUCAAGCUUUGUGAUUUCGGCUCUGCUAUGGACGUGGGCGAGGCAGUGAAGACGCCCUACCUGCAGCCACGCUACUACCGGGCCCCAGAGGUGAUUCUGGGCAUCGGGUAUGAUACGCAAAUCGACCUCUGGAGUGUUGGCGUCACCCUGUUCGAGCUCAGCAGUGGCAAAAUCCUCUUCACGGGGAAGUCCAACAACUCGAUGGUGCGGCAGAUGCUGGAGGUGUCGGGCGCAUUUCCGAAGCGCCUGGCCACGAAAGGCGAGUUCCACGCGAAGCACUUCAACUCCGAAGGCGAGUUCCUUCUGCACGAUCCCACAUCCAUCACUGGCAUCCGGGACAUCUUGCCCAUGAAGAAGUACGAGAAGGUCCGACAGCCCGUAGGCAACAUGCUGGACCAAGUCUUCAAGAAUCCGCCGCCUAAUUCGGACCCAAAGACGCAGGAACGGCUGAUGCCGCGUCUCGGUGAUCUUGUGACGAAGCUCCUCGUCCUCGAUCCGGCGGAACGCUUGACACCCGAAGAUGCUUUGGCCCAUCCUUUCUUUCAGAAGGACAAAUGA